AUGAUGACACCACCAGGCAUCUGCGUGUUCUCGCCAGCCAAGUACCCAUGCUACUACUUAUCUGCAGCUAGUUACCACCCAAGCCAGACACAGACAGUCGCUGGUACACAAAAACAGGAGGCGCCAUCCACCUCAAGAGAACGAUGUGCUGUUGUUCUUACUGUUCUGAGUGUGUGUCUUUCGCUCCCUCCGGUUUUAGCAGCGACGGCCACCGAUAUCCCACUGGCCCGUUCACCGGCUGCAAUGGCUGUGUCCCCGGGCCGACGCUCUGCGCCCGCGCGCUCGGAGUCGCCCCCGCUGACCCCAGAGCGCACGACGCGAACCCUCGCGUUCGACUCGACGGCUUCCAGCGUCGCCGCGUCAGCGACGAGCGCGCGGGGUCCGAAACGACGCCGGCGAUUGGCUCAAAAUCGCGCUCGAGGUUGGGAUCCGAGGGUAUUAUUGACCAAUGAACACGAGGACGACCCCAACGAGUGUGCUGAGCAGGACGAUGGGAGACUGGGGAUGCUGGAAGACGGACUUCUGGAGCAGAGGAGGGACGGAGAGACGACGUCGCUCUCGUUCUCAAGCGGCGGAGGGAGGCGCGAAGGUCGUGGCCACGUGCACCACGUGCGGGACGGUCCCACGAGCAAGAGACGGGCCGAGAUGAGGGAGACGCUGAGACGUCGAGUCCGCAAGUGCAUCGAGCAGCACCACGUGGCGGCUGCGCUCUUUUAUGCCGACAAACUCGUGGCUAUAGGAGAUGAUGCUGAUGAUGCUGGAGGAGGGGGCAGAGCUGCUGGUGGUAGUGACGAGCACGACGUGCUGCUGUUUGCAGACGCGUGUUACUUGAAUCAAGAGUUUCAUCGCGCGAUUCAUGCGAUAAAGGGAGCAGGAUUGCUGGACGUGGACGGCGGCAAGCAGACUAGAAGGAAGUGGUCUCGUCAUGUGACGUUGCGCGCAGCUUGGCUGCUUGGAAAGUGCAUGCUGGCGGUACACCAGAAGAACGAGUGCUUGCAGGUUUUGAAAGCGGUGCUGCCUGAACGGGAGCAGGACGUUGUGCGGUUGGCCGAGAAUAUGCGGCUGGACACUGCGGUGGACGAGGCACAUGGGAUCAACGUGGUGUCGUCGUUGGCUCUUUUGAUGGGCGAGACGUUUGAGGCCAUUGGCAACCGCGAGAACGCAACGAUGUACUUUCGUACUGCGCUGCGCUGCGACGUGCACUGUUCGGAGGCAUUUUUUCAUUUAUUUGACAAACACAUGCUGUCGCCACAAGAAGAAAAGGAGUUUGUCGCAUCGCUGGACUUUUCGCUUGAUGAAACGAAGUUGCUGGAGCGUUUGUACUGGACGCACGUUGGAAAGUACGAUCCGAUACCGUCGAUUGACGCCAAAUUUACCGAGGUGGAACAGCAGUUUGGUUUCGCGAAAAAUCUCGACCUCAAUGUCACAAGAGCGGAGAUGUGUUAUUAUCAGCAUGACGUUCAGCAGGCGUAUGACGUAUGUGAAAGUAUGCGUGACCGAGAUCCGUUUAAUUUCCGCGUGAUUCCCGUGUACGUGUGUACGCUUGUGGAACUUGGCAAGAAGCGCGAGCUUUUCCAGUACGCACACCAAAUGGUUAAUGUCUACCCCACGAAAGCAUCGGCUUGGUACACGGUGGGCUGCUACUACCUACUGAUUCAGAAAUUUGAGGCUGCACAGCGCUAUUUUCACAAGGCGACAUCUCUUGAGCCAAGCUUCGCACCUGCGUGGAUCGCUUUUGGAAACUCGUUUGCAGCCCAGGAUGAAAGUGACCAGGCAAUGUCGUCGUACCGAACGGCGUCGAGUCUCUUUCCGGGAUCGCACCUGCCCACCUUGUAUAUCGGAAUGGAGUUUCUUCGUACGAAUAACUUGGUCCAAGCCCAAGAAUUUAUUCGCCAAGCAGGUGUUCUCUGCCCGUCGGACCCGCUCGUUUACAAUGAACUUGGCAGUGUCUAUUACAAGCAAAAAGAGUACUUUAAAGCGAUCGAGAUGUUCACGAAAGCUUUGAAGCUAUGCAAGGGUCUUCCUGAGCGACUCAUGGAAGCGUGGGAACCGACGCUGUAUAAUCUUGGAUACUCAUACCGCAAACUUCGAAAGUUUGACCAGGCUAUUCACUAUUUCCAAGGUGCACUCCGACUAUCACCUCGCAAUGCGUCAACACUUGCUGCGCUUGGUUUUACCUACCAUAUGAAGGGAAACCUGCACCAAGCCAUCGAGUUUUAUCAUCGGGCCCUCGCCUACGCCCCCGAAGAUGCUCUCGCGGGAUCCAUGAUAACUGUUGCGUUCGAAGAAUCGCUAGGUGCCGGGCUUGGCUCGCUCCCUGAGUUCGCUGAGCCACCACCGAGAGGCGGCCCUAAAACGAGUGGUCUCACCCCUCUUACUGCCCGUCGAGCAGCAAAAGCCAAUGCCGGCGCGAAUGUGUUUCGGCGCCUGGACCGAUCUUACAACAGUAUCGCAUGCAGUGCGAGGUCGAGCCUGGACUUCUCAGAAGACAGCUCAAUGCUGACAAUGGAUGAAGCCUGA